AUGUCGCAAGACACCGGCCUGUGGAGUGUGCGCAGACCCAGAGAAACAUUAGGAGGCAUCAACUACAACACCGGGUUACCUCAACCCGCAUCAGCGAUGAAGCGAUCCGCAUCAGGCGUCGGCGCCGGUGCGCCCUACUCCAAUAGCCAUGGGCGAUCCAUGUCCGGCUCUAGACAAUCCCUGGCACUGUCGCGACCCAGCCAGCCUAUGUUCCAGCGCUCAUCAUCCGGAACGAACCUAGCAGACAUUGGCCUAUCCUCGGUGAAGCGAACUUCAUCGAUGCGCGACAAGUCCUUUGCGCCGACACCUGCUCCAGGGCGUUCCUCGCAAGACGAUAGAAGGAGUAGUGUAUACCGCGCAAGAACAUCAACCGCCGGACCCAUGAGCCACCAGAGCUUCUUCCAACAAGCCCCCCAGCCUGCCGGUGUACCCCGAGACCCCCGCCCGCUGAGAGACAGAUCAUACCAAGCCAGGAUAGGACAGGAGCUGCUGGACUAUCUUGCCCAAAACAACUUCGAAAUGCAGAUGAAGCACACACUUUCGCAGAACAUUAUUAAGUCCCCUACGCAAAAGGAUUUCAACUUCAUGUUCCAGUGGCUGUACAGGCGGAUCGAUCCGAGCCACAAGUUUCAGAAGAACAUCGACCAAGAAGUGCCGCCUAUUUUGAAACAGCUGCGGUACCCGUACGAGAGAAGCAUUACAAAGAGUCAGAUUGCCGCUGUUGGUGGUCAAAACUGGAGCACUUUCCUAGGAUUGCUGCAUUGGAUGAUGCAGCUGGCGCAGAUGCUGGAUGGCUAUGCGUGCAGCCGAUACGAUGACGCUUGCCUCGAAAGCGGCAUCGACGUCACUGGCGAUCGUAUCAUUUUCGACUUUUUGAGCAAGGCAUAUAGGGAUUGGCUUGCCAUGGACGAGGACGCAGACGACGAAGAUGCCAAUCGAGCACUAGCCCCUCACAUUGAACGAAUGGCAGCUGCUUUCGAGCAGUCAAACUCCAAGUACACUUCCGAGCUUGAAAUGCUCGAGGCAGAGAACAGUCGACUACUGCAAGAAAUCGAAGAUCUCGAGAAGUCCACGCCGGAUCCUGCCGUACUUGACAAUCACUUCAGGAUCAUGGAAGAGGAUAAGAUCAAAUUCGAAGAGUACAAUGCGCUUGCAAUGCAGAGAUCCGACAAGUAUGAGACUCGAAUCAAUGUCCUUCACGAGGAGUUAGACAAGCUCAAUGAGGAGUUGAGAGAGGUGGAUGACGAACGACGAGGACUGCAGAAGGCUGUUGACGAUCUAGGCAUCAGCAUGCAGGAUAUCGACCGCAUGACUGCUGAGCGGGAACGUCUCCAGAAGGGAAUCGAUUCAGCAUCGCAAAGAUUGGAGGAUGUCAAGAAGAAAGUCGCCGAAAAAGAGGUGGAGGCCAGCAGGAAGCUGGACGAACUCGAGAGAAUGGUGGAUAGAUACAACACUUUGGCAUACCAGAUUGCCCUCAUACCGGCGACCGCGGUCAACGCCAACGGUAGGGACUACGAAUUGCAGGUAACUGUCAACGAUGGUCCGGACUUCAGCUCGUCACAACUCCAGGCCUCUAGCGGUGUUUCUUCAAGCGACCGAUUGCUUGCUGAUCCCGUCGCUGGAUACCAGCCUGCCCAUAUUCUCAACCUCGAUCUGCGCGGCCAAGUCAAGAACAGUUUCCUCACACUGAGGAAAGAGAUCUCUGAAAGGCGGACCAUUGCUAUGGACAUGAUGAUGAAAGAUCACGACUUGCUUGAUGGCAUCAAGGAGGCAAUUGAAGAUAAGCGUAACGAAGUUGAGGCCCUGGAGCAUCGUGUGCGCGCCGCUGAGGAAGAAUACGAGAAAACCAAGGAGGUCACGACGACACAAAAGAUGGCAUCUGACGCUCAGAUCGAGAAGAUGGAGAAGGAGCUUGCCAAGAUGCGAGCCACUUUGUCAGAAUCGGUACAGCUGAUGGAACAACGCGAGAUGAACACCAGCAUCGAAUAUGAACAGCUCGUGCUUCGUGCCAAUUCCCUGCGAGAGGAGCUGCACACAGAAAUUGACCGUAUGCUCAACGAUGUCAUCAAAUUCAAGAUUCACGUGCAAAAGAACCUUGACGACUAUGAGGGCUUCGUCGCCGACGAGGUCCAGGCAGAGUUGGGAAGCGAGGAAGCGAGCGAGGACACACGGAAUCUCAACAUCAGCAUCCCACUGCUAGACAAGAAGGUUCAAACAUGGAAAGACGGGUUCGAGGAUGCGGAACACCUGGAUGUGCACCGUCUCGUCCAGGAGCGCCGCUUACCAUGGGAUGCGACGCUGAAAGUCAAAGGCUGGCUGCGAGAUGUUUGCACCAUGGAGGAUCAGGCGAGAGAUUGCGACUAUAGACCCGCCCGCGUUCUGUACGCCAGCAUCGUGCAGGACUGCGAGGCUGAACUGCACUGUCUUCGAAACCAGCUUGUCAUCAAGACGUUCAGAUUUGAACGUAUACCGCACAACCUUGCGAAAUUGCGGCGGUGGGUCAGUCGUGAAGAGGAGACUACUGCAAGCACAGGCGUCGCUUCAGAAACACUUCAAGACGAAACUGCAUCAUCCCAGUCUCUCGGCAAACCGCGACCACUCAGCCUCGAGAUGAUACGGGAAGUAAUAGAAACGCCAGGGAGGGUCGACAGCUCGGAGCCAGUAGACGAAGAAGAACUAGAACUGACGGAAGAGUAUGCCUACCACGACCAAGACUACGACCAAGACUGGGCUCGGCGUGAGGAUGAGCAGGAGACGCAGCGGCUGCUGCUGGCCAUGAAGUACAAGUGGCCGGUGAACAUGCGCAAGGCAAAGAUGCAAUAUUUGAGGGCCAUUGAGAGACAGGAAUGGGAACGGGACGAUUAG